GUAGAAGAAACAGUAAUCAAGUUGCGUACGACUGUAUCGUAAAUAAAUAAAUCUAAGAAAAUGAUUUUCAUUUUUAGCAUCAACGGUUGUAAAAGAACUAACUGUACCCGUAGCCCGUACCGUAGCUCUUUUAGUUAGUUCCUUUAUUUUUUCUUCUUUUCUAUUAAGAAACACUCCAAGCCUCACAUUUCCUCAACACCCAAAUGUCUGCCACAACACCCCCUAUCCCCCUCUGGUCCGACUGCAUCACUUCCGGCUCACCUUUCUCCAGAUACCAGUUCGUAAAGAUGACCAAGAAGCCAUUUCACAGGUCGAGGCUGCAUAUGACAUGUUACUUAUGCAGAGCCUAACUCAGCGGCGAGCAGGAAAAGUAGUGAACAGCAGUGUUCGCUAUGCUGAUGUUAAGCGCGUUCAGUCUCAAGUUGUAGGAUCGAUGCCUCAAUGGAUGCAAUCCAACAUGAAGAAACCACCAGUUUCAAUUGACUCACCUUCCACCAGUGAUUUUGGUUUACAAGCUGGAGUAUAUGGUGCACUGAUGGGUUUAACCUAUCUUAGUGGUUCUUCUAUUCCCCCUGCAGGUUACGCCGGGGCCGAUGUUCCGGGACUUAUCCUGGCUGGUAGCUUUGGAGCUUCCCUAUACUUCAUGACCAAAAAGAAUGUUAAGUUAGGGAAGGCUACUGUUAUAACCAUAGGAGGGCUCGUAGCUGGUACCGUAGUAGGGUCGGUUGUAGAGAACUGGUUGCAGGUCGAUAUUGUCCCAUUUCUGGGCAUACACUCCCCUGCUGCUGUUGUUAGCGAAGUCAUAAUUUUAUCCCAAUUCUUGGUUUCUCUGUACCUAAGGUAGACCGAAAAACGCGGUGAUCUUUAUAUUAAAAUGUGAAAAUUGUAAUUAUUCAGUUGCAUGAUCAUGUCAAAGGGUUUACAGGGAAUGCUAAUAUUAUAUAACCAUAUAGCUGACCCGUGUCAGCUGUACAUAACCGGUUGCAGUAGAAAUCGUCCCAUUUCAGGCAUACACUUCCCUGCUGCUCUUAGUGAAAUCGUGUCUUUGGUUUCUCUGUACUUAAGAUAGACAGGAAAACAUGGCAAUCUUGUAUCAGAAGCUGAAACUUGUAAUUUUUCAUUUACAUGCAGCAUGGUCAUACAUCAAUCAUUUUUAGAAUGUAUAAUGAUUGCAUAUUGUACAAAACAUUGAAUGGAAUGUAAUUGUUUAUCUAGCAAAUUAGAAAGAAGCAUGCAAUAAUUUGUGAAGAUGCAUAUUUUAAGUUCAGGGCAAAAAAACUAAAAUUUAUAUUAAAUUUGAACCGUCGGAUCUUGAUCGAACGCAUACAUCUGUUGAAUGUGUAAAUGCGACAAAUCUUUGACAGAGAGAACCCAAUUUUUUACUAUAGGCCUAAAAUAUUUUAAGCCUGCUAAGUUUUGGUGUUUUGUCCUAAAGCUUUAUGUGAUUAUGCAUUUGUCUUUUCUUAUUGAUGGAUCAUUAGCACUUGGAUUAUCUACUUGUAGUAUUUGCUGGAAAAAGUAAAGACUGCGCUGCACCUUCAGCCUUUUCAGCAUGCGACACAGUUUGUGUUUGGUUGAAAGUUUCUUUUUCUUUUGGUUGAAACAGUUUGUGUUUGGUUGAAAGUUUCUUUUUCUUUUGACAAACGUUGAAAAGUAUAUUUAAAUCUAAAGAAUCUCAAAAGAAGUUAAUCACCAUAUUUGGAAACUUGAAAUCU